CUCUCCUGCUCUCUAGAGCUGGGAGCAAGCAAGGGGGCGGGCCUUCCGGGCGCGCGCGCGCGAGCGAGGUCAGGGGCAGGAAUCUUGUUCCUUGCCUCCGAGGAAAUGGCUUCGCUUUCAGAGUAUGCACUGCGCAUGUCUCGUCUGAGUGCCCGGAUCUUUGGUGAAGUGGCCAGGCCUACUGAUUCAAAGUCCAUGAAAGUGGUGAACCUGUUCAGCGAGCAGCCCUUGGCCAAGAAGAAAGAGACUUACGACUGGUAUCCAAAUCACAACACGUAUUUUGCGCUCAUGGGCACCCUCCGUUUCCUUGGCCUUUACAGAGAUGAGCAUCAGGACUUUAAGGAUGAGCAAAGACGUCUCAAGAACCUCCGUGGAAAGGGGAAACCGAGGAAAGGGGAAGGGAAAAGAGCUGCAAAAAAGAAAUAGCAGCAGCUCGUCAAGAAAGAAAAUGCCCUCCUCAGUGACUGAGAAGUGUAUCUCAUUGUCUUUUCACAUAUUAAAGGAACACGACUCCCUCAGCAGACACCAACCCUGUGUUCACGCUCACUUCAGCUAAACUGUGACUGCUUUCUUGAAGAUAUUCUAAUCCUUCAAAACUAUAAUGACCUUGAUUUUGUAAUCUGAAGCAUACCUAACUCCGUAAUGGAAUGAAUAAACUAUCGCUGAGUGAUCUGUUUAACAUUGGAAUGGCUGUUGGGAUUGGAUUGGGGGACCUUCCUAAGUGAAUGUCCUGGGCUUGCUUUACUCCUCCUUUGCUUCUCCACCCAACCCUAACUUUUCCACUCUCUGACCAGUGAGCCUUUUCUUUACCAUCAAGCUUGCUCUUUAGAAGGCGCCUAACUGGGAUUAAAAGCUUUCUGGAACAGGGAGUAUUGAAUGCCUUGUGUAUACAAGGCAUUAGAGCUUAGUAAUAGAGUGGUUAAAAAAAAA